UGGCGGCAGUAGCGGCAGCAACCCCCAACGCAUCUCCAAUGUCACGUGACUUCCUCUUCUCUGCGGAGCUAUUUCCGGGUUACGGUGCCGGUGGUAGAGAGGAAAAUGGUCAACUUACGGCCGCGGAGACCUCGCCGCGCGUUGCCAAUCGGGACGGUGGUGGACCAGGAGUACGAGAGAGAAGAGUCAGACUCAGAAGGGGAGGAACCAGACUUGGAGUUCCCCGAUGGCGGCCCAGCAGCGGAGACAGUAGAGGAGGAAGAAGAAGAGGAAGAGGAGGAAGAUGAAGAUGAAGCCCCCGAAGAGUUGACGUUUGCCAGCGCCCAAGCGGAGGCCAAGAAAGAUGAGCGGCGCCUGCGGGACGCUCUGCUCAGGGACAAGCAGCUCCUGAAGGAGAAGAGGAAGCGACGGGAGGAGCUGUUCACAGAGCAAAAGAAAAGAAAACUACUUCCUGCCACUCUUCUAGAAGAAUUAACUGCAGCUCCCCAGACUAUAACAAAUGACUCAUUACCCAAAUUGGAAAAAGGCAAUACAGAAAAUGAGAACAAGGAGAAAAAAGAAGAAAAAAUGUUUCGUACACGCGUAAAGAAGAGGUACGUGGCUUGUAGACUAAAGGACCAAGAUCUGAUAGACUUAAGGCAGCAAGCAGCCAAAGGUUUCAUACAGAAGUAUUUAUAUGGUCGAGGGAGCAACAGAACUACUGUAAACAAAUUUCUUUCCCUUGACAACAAGAGAUUGCCAGUUAAAAAACCUGCAGUCCAGUUUGUGAAUAAUAAUUGGGGAGCAGAGAGAAAACAAAGUGCUAAGAAGUUCAAAAAACAAUGGAUGCAUAAAAAAAAGCUAGCUUCCAGAAGACCAAAUAUCACAUAAAUCCCCUUUUAAAAAAUGAUCACACUGUUAAAAGAUCAUGCAGAAUUUAUUAAAACUACAUUGCUGUUUUUUAGAA